AUGUUCCCUCCUGUUCCAGUCACACUUCAACAUCUCUUUAAACAAACAUCACCUUCUGAGCGUGUUUUUCCAUAUUAUAAAAAAAGGUGUGUCAUGUCCACAACUACAAGAACAACUCUUUUCGUGUUGUUGGUUGCAUGUUUCGCAUGCUCUUUGCAUGUAUCUGCCACUCCAACAACAACCAAAAGAUCAACAACCUCCAAUGGUCUUUUUCAACAACUUGCUCGAUUGAGUGAUCAAGAAAUUGAGCAAAUUGUGAAACAAGUCCUCUCAAAACUUCGUUCUCACACGACUAGUCAUCGAAAGAAGAUGAUGAACAUGUACACUACUACUGAAAUCGCUCCAAUGAGUGAUUCUGAAACUAGAAGUGAAAUUAAUGUUGCUGCCUAUCCAUGUCCAUCUUCAGGAGCUUCCUUCAUGUCCUAUGAAGAUUUCAACAAAAUGUUAAACUUUAUUGCUCCAGCUAGUGUUGGAAGAGCCAAAUUCGACAAGAUUGUCAGUUUCAUGUUGAGUCAAGCCUAUUCCUAUCCACUCACUGGAGAUCAAGCUGAAAUUAUUAGCUAUUUGGAUAGAUUUUCAAAGGAGGAAAAGGAAAGAGGUCUUGUCAAGUUGAUUAACACUGUUUUCAAAAACAAGAACAUUUAUGAGAGUGACAAGUCGGAUAUUACCUAUCAUUUUGAUCGAACACAAAUGUAUGAUUGUGCUUUUGGACAAGUUAUGGCCGAUGACGUUGUGUUUGCUGUGGAUUUUGGACCUGCCAUGUCCACACAAAUUUCAUCGACUUCAUCCAGUACUGGAAGAGUCACUCGUUUGGAUUUUGCAUUACAGCAUUUAGCUAGAACUCUUUCUACUUUAAAGGAAACACAAAAAUUUGAUGUUGUUUGUUUUUGUGGAGAUGCUCAUCCCAUUUUUGGUAAAACUGUAUAUGCCACUACAGCAAAUAUUCACACCGCUUUGGAUUAUCUCAGUUAUUCCCAAGUUGUUUCUUCCUACACUUCUCAAUGCAAGAAUUCCAAUAUUGAAAUGGGAAUUAAGAAGUCAGUUUCUUCUCUCACUCCAAUUCCAGAAUUGAUUAGAAAAACAAACUCGAUUCAUUUGAUUUCGAGUGGAGUUGCAACCAUUGGUGAAACGUACGGUGCCUCUUUGGGAUCCAUUGCGUUAGAACUCCUCAAAGGAUACAAAGCUUCAGUGAAUACUUUUGCUUUAACAUUGGGUGGAAAUGCUAAAACCUAUUUGGAACUGAAAGCAAGAGAUGGUGGAGCAGAGACAUUGAAUACCAUUUCUUAUUAUACCAAUGGUGUGUACAAGAGAAUUCAAUAA